GUUUCUGUGCAGUAUCAUCAGUAGAAAGUGGUACGUCCUUCAGUGACAGUGUGAACAUGAAGUUAUCGGUGGUGUUUCUGAUUGUGCUAGGCGUCCUUGUGUUUCAAUCACAAGCUCAAAGUUAUAGCAGCAGAGGUUAUCGCAAGGAUGACUUCGAGGAGCAUGAUAAAAAUGGAAAAGGUGAUGAUGAUGAUGACGAUCGAGACAGCAGUAAGCUCCCCAUCCCUAUCAUUAGUGAUGAAGCAGCGGACGCUAUAGUUAAAGGAUCAGAGCUGCUAGCAGAGGCACUGAAGGUGGUAGUCGAGAAUGAGGUCUACGACAAGACGGAAGUCCUUACCCAUAUGCGGUCAUUACUCAUGGAUGUGAACUCGAUGCUGAACGUUCUCUUCACGAAGGUUUCUGGUGCAGUUACCAACAGAAUUACUAGAUCCAGGGGACCAGAAGAUCCCCUGUCGGAGUUGAUUUCCACAGUAAAGAGAGCUGCAAAAGAUAUCAAGGAGAAACUUAUCAGAACCCUGGAAAGGAAAAUCAAACCAUCCGAAUUGUCGGAUAUAAUCAACGCGCUAAACGAUAUAGUAGAAAGAGUGGAAAAUCUCAAUGUCUUCAAGCCGAAAUCACGCUCGCCAUUCAGGCCUUUCCAGUUUGAUGAAAGCUUCGAUAAAGGUGAUAAGAAUGAUAAGGGUAACGAUAAGGAUAAGGAUAAGGAUAAGGAUAAGGACGAUUAUCACUACCACGAGGGUCUGGAUCUGGAAACGGUGAUUUCCGAAUGGGCAACUGCCGUUGAAGGACUCGCUAAAGCCGUGAAAAUUCUGGCGAAGGCAAUCCAAAAAGCCAUCUCUUCCAGAACCCUGGCCAUAAUGUUUCAAAAAUCGGUCCAGAAGUCUUUGUCCAUCAGUGCAUCAGGCAUUAGCUCGGUCUCGACGAAACUCAACAGUGCUUUGGAGAGCGUGAAAACCACACUCGGCAUGUUCAGCCAGACAACUCUGACGCAGAUCAACCAAAGCUAUUCGUCGAUCACAUCCAACCCUAACAAAUGGCAUCAUCGUCUGCUCAGCAAACUUUUCGAUUUCCUCGCUUCCUACAGUGGCUACGUUCACAAGGAAUACCUCCAUACGAUAGCUUCAAGUGUCAAGAGAGCCGAGCUCGAAAUUGCCUCCAAGCUCAUCAGGGAAACAAGGAAGACGGGAUUCGAGAUCUCCGACAUUGCCAUUUACAUCACCGAUCGUGCCGCGUCCAGUUCCAACCCUCGAGCCACAUCCGAAUGCUCCCUCAAACAGCUCCAGAAGCUGAAUCCAAGCUCCUUGAGCCGUUUGUCCGACUGCUUAACCAACGAAGCUAGCAACAUCAGAAGUAUGACAUCUCAAGGAAAGCAACUGCUCACCCUGGCCAAGGACAAUGCAGUGAACAUCGUGACCCAACUGUCGGUCUGCAACAGCGGAACCGAUAAGUGCUACCAGCAGUUCUCCGAUGUUUUCGACGGAAAGAAGGAGCGCGCCAAGGAGGAUCUGAAAUCCGCCGCAGAACAGACGGAGCGAACGCUGAAGGCCAUCACUGGACGGAUCGACAGCUGCCUGGAAGCUGUGGCCGAGGAAAUUCUUACGGAGGCCAAGAAGUGUCGGAAGAACUUCGAUUUCUGCAUGAAGUUUUGAAGGGUUGCUCUAGGUCAGAAAUUGACGAAUGGAGAAAGGCUGCUUUCAUUAUUGAGAAAAAAAA